GAUCGUACCCUCAAAACCUUAGGUUCUAUAGUUCUAUUUGUCUCUUCCCCUUCCAAACUCUGCAGCAUUGAAAUCCUCUCUCUCUCUCUCUCUCUCUCUCCUCCCGGCAGCGCUCUCCGCCAUGACCAGCUCCUCCGCCACCGCUCGCAAGGCACUGAGUAAAAUUGCCUGCAAUCGGCUUCAGAAGGAGUUGGUGGAGUGGCAGGUCAAUCCUCCCGCUGGCUUCAAACACAAAGUCACCGAUAAUCUCCAAAGGUGGGUGAUUGAAGUAAUUGGAGCUCCUGGAACCCUCUAUGCUAAUGACACCUACCAACUUCAAGUUGAUUUCCCAGAGCAUUACCCAAUGGAAGCUCCCCAGGUUAUAUUCCUCCAUCCAGCUCCAUUGCACCCUCACAUUUACAGUAACGGCCAUAUCUGUUUAGAUAUAUUAUAUGAUUCUUGGUCACCUGCCAUGACUGUUAGUUCUGUUUGUAUCAGUAUCCUCUCAAUGCUGUCAAGCUCAACUGUUAAGCAACGCCCUGAAGACAACGAUCGCUAUGUAAAGAACUGUAGGAAUGGCCGAUCUCCAAAGGAGACCAGGUGGUGGUUCCAUGACGAUAAAGUGUAACAAACAAGCUGAAAAAUUUGUCACCAUCUACCGCUAGUUUGAAAUAAUUGCAGUUUUGUGGUGGCCACCGUUUGCUAGAGGAGGAGAAAAAUGGAGUGUGAGGAGCAUUCAGAACCCUAAGCCUUUCUCUGAAUGGUCGAUGCAUCUCCUGUGUAAAUUGGCAAUGCCUGUUUGUGUAAAGUAAAUGAAGAGGAACACUGUUGUCUUUCUGGGAACAUCUUGGGAAGAAACUCUUCUUGUCUGUUCUUACUCGACUUCUUUGCUUCUUCUAGCUGUCUGAUGAUUGGUGUUGUGAGCAAGACACGACGCACAAUUUAUGAACCAUUCUCUUUGUACCAAACUUGUCUCCAUGCUUUUUCCCAAAAGCCUUUCACUCCCCAAUCGCCAUCAAUUUUGUUAAGCAUCAGUAUAGCAGUUUUCCACUCUCAUGUUGCCGUCUGUCUAGUAUGGCUACUUUAGGGUGGAUAGGGUUUGAUAUACAUGUAUUUAAAAUGAAUGUAUUUCAAAUACAUGUAAUAUUGUAAUUCAAAUUGGAUACUCAUUUUUUUUUUUUUU